GCGGCUUUGAGGUUCUGUCUGGGUUCUGGGUGCCAUGAUUGGAGGUGACCCAGCCGCGUGGAUGCGCAGAGAAGUGUCCCUUUAACACCCCGGCACCAGCUGCAGUGAGUCGGAUUCCACCGCUUGAGUUCGGCUCGGCUCGGCUCGGCUCGGCUCGGCUGGCGCUGUCUGUGUUUACCUCCCACCAGCGCUGCUGUACCGCGGCCAGCUGGACGCAACCACCAUCCGCAGCCUCAGAGCCUGGUCGCUGCUGAUGUGAGCGGCCUCGUGUUCGCUCCUUUGUGGAUUUCUGCAGCGCGGAGUGUUGGAGACACUGUAACAGAGAUGAGUAAGGAGAUCAUGUCACGCGUGGUAAAGAAGAGGCAGGCGGACCCCAAGGUGGUCCAGUAUGUGUGGGAAGCCAUCGAGGUCAUCCGCAACCAGAAGCAAAUUGCAAACAUGGACAGGAUCUCUAAGUACCUGACCCGUGUGUUCGGCAUGCACCCCAAGGAGACGGCCCGACAGCUGAGCUUGGCCGUGAAGGACGGCCUCGUGGUGGAGACCCUGACGGUGGGCUGCAAAGGCUCCAAGGCCGGCAUCGAGCAGGAGGGGUACUGGCUGCCGGGGGACGAGAUGGAGCCGAAAGCCGAGGGAAGCAAGGACUGGGAGGCGGAGAGUCACGACUGGUACUGCUUCGAGUGUCACCUUCCGGGAGACGUGGUCUCGUGUGACAACUGCUUCCGGGUCUAUCACCUGAAAUGUCUGUCAGAGGAGAAUAAGCCCCGGGACGGAGGCUCACACUGGCAGUGCGUGGUCUGCAGGGUAGGACCAGCCUCAGGCAGUAAAAAGAAGAACCUGAGCAAACACGAGAUGAGUAAAUACCUGCGCUUCAUUGUCCAACGGAUGAAGGAGAGGGCCGUGGAUCUGAACAAGAAAGGCAAGGACACCAAGCAUCCCAUGUACAGACGUCUGAUCCACACGGCUCUCGACGUCACCAACAUCCAAGAGAACCUUUCUGAAGGAAAGUAUAAGACGUUUGAGGAGUUCAAAGCAGACGCUCAGCUGAUCGUUCACAACACUGCCAUCCUGUACGGAGUCAGCAGCGACCAGGCAGAAAUCGCGCGGUUGCUCUUCAGUGACACCUGCCACGAGUUGAAUGAGUUGUUGUUGUGUAAGAACUGUUUCUACCUGUCGAACGCCCGACCAGACAACUGGUUCUGUUUCCCGUGUAGCCCCAGCCACGACCUGGUCUGGGCCAAGAUGAAAGGCUUCGGCUACUGGCCGGCUAAGGUCCUUCAGAGGGAGGACAACCAGGUGGACGUGCGCUUCUUUGGACACCAGCACCAGAGAGCCUGGAUUCCUUCUGACAACAUCCAGGACAUCAAGGUGAGUGUUCAGCAGCUCCAGGUGAAGCGCAGUAACGGCUGGAAGAAGGCGUGCGAGGAGCUGGAGAUGUAUCAGCGCUUCCUGAGGGAGGGACGCAUGUGGAAGACAAAAAUGGAGGAGGGCAGCCCGUCGCAGCAGCAGAACCAGGGCCAGCGGCAGCAGGAGGAGGCCAGGCUGGAGCGGACGGACGAGGCCGAGUCCAGCAUCUCCUCCACCAGCAACGAGCAGGUCCGACACCUCAAAAGCAGCCAGGAGCCCAAAGCCAAGAAAAGCCGCCGGGCUCAGAUGGUUGAGCCCAAAGAAGAAGUCAGCGACCCAGAACCGGAGAUGGAGGCCGUCAGCUCCAGCCAGGAGAUCCCCGUGUCCUCUGCACCUCACCAGCCCGAGAAGCUGUCGGUGUCCACGCAGACCAAAAGGGCGAGCGGGGCGUCGCCGCGGACGCUGCACCGAGGCACCCAGACCAGCAGCGACGGCGCCUGCCAGAACAUGUGCCACGAGAAGUACACCAAGGUGUUCAACGACGUGAAGGAGAUGAUGAAGGCCGACAACAAGCGGGAGACGGAGCGGGUCGUCCGAGAAGCCCUGGAGAAGCUGCGAGCGGAGAUGGAGGAGGAGAAGCGUCAGGCAGUGAGCAAGGCCGUGUCUGGAGCACAGGCGGAGAUGGAGAGGAAGUGUAAGCAGGUGAAGGAGAAGUGUAAAGAGGAGCUGGUGGAGGAGGUGAAGAAGCUGGUGGCUCAGCACAAACAGCUCAUCUCCCAGACCAAGAAGAAGCAGUGGUGUUACAACUGUGAGGAGGAGGCCAUGUACCACUGCUGCUGGAACACCUCCUACUGCUCCAUCAAGUGUCAGCAGGAGCACUGGCACGCCGACCACAAACGCACCUGCCGCAGGAAGAGAUGAGCAGGCCCCGCCCCCCGGCGCCAUUGGCUGUGGUCCUGUCCUCCUCCUGUCAGUCAGUGUCCGUCUGUCCAUCCCGCUUCUCUGGCCUCCCUGAAAACCUCGGGCUCCGUUUUCUGCGUUCCUGUCUUUUAUUUAAUUUCCCGUUGGGUUUGUGGUGCGGAGCAGAUGGUCGGAGCAGCGCCACACGUCUCUUUUCUAUUCUGUCUUUUUAAACUUUCUUAGUUUUGAUUUUGUCUUUACUGAAGUGCUAAUUUUGACCUUGUCGGAGAACGUGUUAUUUAAGUGUGUAUUAACAAAUGAGCAUUAACUCAAGACAUUUUAUUACCUACGUUUUUUUUAAAGAAUCAUUUUUCUUACUGUAAAUGCAACAAACCUGCGUUGACCUAGAGAGUUCUAUGAGGAUCCUAUCGGUUGGUGUAAUUUAUCAAAUCUGUCCUUUUAGCCACUUAUUGGGAACAGGGUCACUGUGUCGGCCUCAAAGACGCCGGCAACUGAAAUCUUCCACGUGUUACUUGAUAUUAUGCACAUUUUUAUGAGUCUGAAAUUUAAAAAGUAGGUUUUUAAAUUAGUUUUAAAUUGGAGAAUUGUUUUGUCCCGACGACACGAUGCUUGUGUUAUUGCCAAACUUCGAUGUGAUGACGCGGCUCCUGUGUCAUGGUUCUUUCUCCUCUGGCUCCCAGUCAGGCUUUAAUUAUGGUGAAGACCAGAAGCUACUGGUGUCUGAUGGAUGGACCAAUAUAAAAGCUUAUGCAAAUGUGAACCAGUGUUUCUGACUGAGGUUGGUUUGGGUUUUUGGUUCUAUAGGUGCAAUGAAAUUGCCAGUUUUUCUUUUCCUCGUAACCCUUUUUGAGUUGUUUGUUCUGAAGCUUGACUGAGUAGCCGAUUGUUAAAGCCUCAGUCGUUACCGUACGCUCUCUAAUAGGAGGACAGGUCCUUCUCAACCUUAUUUUCUAAUCCUCCAAACGAAAGCUGGGUUCAGUCCACAUCUAGUGUCUGAGAACUGCCUCUAUUAGAGGGUUUACGGUAAUGUUGGUCUCCAUUCAACCUUGACAUGGGUCAUGUUGUUGUACAGUUGUUCGUUCUUCCAGUUCUCAUUAAGGUCUGAAUGCUCAUGUUUCAUCAGUUGUUGAACAAAGCGAACAGUUUCUGGUUCUUCAGAAUCGUUGCACUACGUGUAAAUAAACCCUCUGGUCCUUUCAUGUGUAAAUUGAUUCCUAAACAUUUCAGCGGUUCUGAAUGAUUGGUUCUGGUUUUGUACCGUGUACAGCCGUUCUCGCAGCGAUGCUCUGUGGUGACGCUCCUCGAACCGUUUUUAUAUUCGUCCAUCCGGUUCCAACGGUUUCAGUGAGUUUAUUAGGAGAAUUUUCCCGUGUGGAAAAACCUUUUGACGUCAUUCCAGUCGUAUCUGUUUUUAUUGCAUGAGUAAAGGUGUUUGUUUUCAUACGGUUUCCUCCUGUAGAAAGACGUAGUCGCACAGUGACACAACCUGACGAUAACGUUGGUUUCUGUUUAGUCCACAACCAGAUGUUUUGUUCUGAGUACUUUAGUCCCUGCAGUAAUACUCAGUACCAGCAGACGUCCGUCAGUACUCUGAGUAUUUAUUUAUAGACCAGUUUAACCACUGCAGCCUUUGGGUUUUUGUUCUCCUGUAGCUCAUGUUCUUCUGUCCAUAUGUAAACUAUUACUCGUGGUUUAGCUUUUUUUAUGCUCCCACUUUUUUCUUUUUUGCCGCUUAGCUAGCAAUAUGUAUAUAAAUAUAUUCUGUGUGCUAACAUGGAGAAAUAAAUGUAUCAGCAAAUUCCUA